AUGCCCAUCGAAAUUGAAAAGAUCAUCGCUCCGGGCCCUGCUACGAGGCGGGCCCAAUCAACACAACUCUCCAGCGAUCCCAAAGGCGAGCGCAUAGCUUAUGCGUUCGGCAAGUCCAUUUUCCUCCGCCACCUCGACGAUCCGUCCCUCUCGAAGCAAUACAUCGGUCAUACGGCAAAUACCACGAUCGCCCGGUUCUCGCCCUCCGGCUUCUGGGUAGCGUCGGGCGAUGAGUCGGGUCAGGUGCGUGUGUGGGAUGCGGUCGAGGCUGUCAACACCAGGGGCGAGUACCCCAUUAUCUCCGGACGCAUCGCCGACAUCGCAUGGGACGGCGACAGCCAGCGCAUCAUUGCGGUUGGUGAGGGUCGCGGGCGGUUCGGCCACUGCAUCACCGCCGACAGCGGGAACACCGUCGGUGAGAUCAUGGGGCACAGCGGGGCGAUCAAUUCCGUGUCGAUCCGCCAGCAACGGCCCAUCCGCGCGGCAACUGUGGCGGAUGACGGGAGCAUGUGUUUUUUCCACGGGACUCCGUUCAAGUUCAAUACCAAACAGUCGGACUCGCACAAGGGGUAUGUGACAGGCACGGCAUUUAGCCCAGAUGGGAGCACGCUGGUCACAGUUGGUGCUGAUAAGGGUAUUCAACUGUAUGAUGGCAAGACGGGCGAGCCCACGCGGAAGAUUGGUGAGGGCGUGCACACGGGCAGCAUCCUAGCUGUUAGUUGGGCCAAGGACUCGGCGCGGUUUGUCACCGCGAGUGCAGACCAGACGGUGCGGGUAUGGGAUGCUGCGUCCGGCGAGUUGGUGCAGACAUGGCGUAUUGGGGAGGAAGGGAGUGUGGACAUAGAACGCCAGCAGGUCGGCGUGGUGUGGCCGCACGGGAGAAGUGACGGGUUGAUCGUCAGCUUGAGUCUGAAUGGAGACCUGAACUACCUCAAGGUAGGGAGCGACAAGCCCGUCAAGGUGGUCCAAGGACACAACAAGAACGUCAUCUCGCUCGGCGUGACCUCGGAGGGGCAGGGCAAAGCUGUCACAACGGGAAGCUUCGACGGUAAGGUGUAUAGCUGGGACCUCUCGACGGGCACGGGAGCUGCGGUCGAGGGACAAGCGCACUCCAACAAAGUCACCCAUUUCGCUUCGGGCGGCGGGCAGACGUACAGCAUCGGUUGGGAUGACACGUUGCGCACCAUCCAGGAAUCUACCAACAACUUCCUCAGCGACCCUAUCAAGUUAUCCUCGCAACCCCAAGGCGUAGCCGUCGCAGCUGACAACACCACGAUCGUGGCUCUCAACGACGGUAUCGCCGUCUACGCCAACGGCAAGCUCUUGAAGCAUUUGCCUACAAGCUACACCCCAACCGCCCUCGCCGCCCACAACACCACCGUCGCCGUAGGCGGCGCCUCCAACAACACCGUGGAAAUCUACACCCUUUCCCCCCACUCAGGAGACCUCUCCCUUACCCGAACCCUCCCCAACACCUCCUCUCCGGUGGUCACUUUGGCCUUUUCCCCCGGGAACGGCGCCCACCUCGCAGCGGGCAACACCUCCGGCAAGAUCACCGUGUACAGUACCUCUGGAGACUGGGAGGUGGUCACAAACCGGUGGUCGGCUCACACGGGACGUGUGCUGAGCAUCGCGUGGAACGCGGCCGGCACGCAUGCGGCUAGCGGGUCGCUGGAUACGCAUGUGUAUGUGUGGAGCUUGGCGAAGCCUGGGGCUAGGGUGCAGGCGAGCAAUGCGCAUAAGGAUGGUGUGUAUGGUGUUGCGUGGGUGAAGACGGGUGAGGAUGGGGUGGAGAAGGUGUUGAGUACGGGGAGUGAUGCGGCCGUGAAGAUUUGGAAGGUUGGGGGGUUGGAAUGA